AAUUGGCUGAUGUUGGCGCGAAGGUGAGCGAGUUGGCCCUCACGCAGGGGCCGCAGGAAACAAUAGAGGCCGCGCGCGCGGAGCGAGCGCCCGUACCCUCCCCGCCCCUCCCGCAACGCUCGAUCCCGGGAUCUCCCCCGGUUCGCCUGCCCGCCAUGGCCGACAAGGAAGCAGCCUUUGACGACGCAGUGGAAGAACGUGUAAUCAACGAGGAGUACAAAAUAUGGAAAAAGAACACCCCUUUUCUUUAUGAUUUGGUGAUGACCCAUGCUCUGGAGUGGCCCAGCUUAACUGCACAGUGGCUUCCAGAUGUAACCAGACCAGAAGGGAAAGAUUUCAGCAUUCAUCGACUGGUCCUGGGGACACACACAUCAGAUGAACAAAAUCACCUUGUGAUAGCCAGUGUGCAGCUCCCUAACGAUGAUGCUCAGUUUGAUGCGUCUCACUACGACAGUGAGAAAGGAGAAUUUGGAGGUUUUGGUUCUGUUAGUGGCAAAAUUGAAAUAGAAAUCAAGAUCAACCAUGAAGGAGAAGUAAACAGGGCCCGUUAUAUGCCCCAGAACCCUUGCAUCAUUGCAACAAAGACUCCCUCCAGUGAUGUCCUUGUUUUUGACUAUACAAAACAUCCUUCUAAACCAGACCCUUCUGGAGAGUGCAACCCAGACUUACGUCUCCGUGGACAUCAGAAGGAAGGCUAUGGGCUUUCUUGGAACCCAAAUCUCAGUGGGCACUUACUUAGUGCUUCAGAUGACCACACCAUCUGCCUGUGGGACAUCAGUGCUGUUCCAAAGGAAGGAAAAGUGGUGGAUGCGAAGACCAUCUUUACAGGGCAUACAGCAGUAGUUGAAGAUGUUUCCUGGCAUCUGCUCCAUGAGUCUCUGUUUGGGUCAGUUGCUGAUGAUCAGAAACUUAUGAUUUGGGAUACUCGUUCAAACAAUACUUCCAAACCAAGCCACUCAGUUGAUGCUCACACUGCUGAAGUGAACUGCCUCUCUUUCAAUCCUUAUAGUGAGUUCAUUCUUGCCACAGGAUCAGCUGAUAAGACUGUGGCCUUGUGGGAUCUAAGAAAUCUGAAGCUUAAGUUGCAUUCCUUUGAAUCACAUAAGGAUGAAAUAUUCCAGGUUCAGUGGUCACCUCACAAUGAGACUAUUUUGGCUUCUAGUGGUACUGAUCGGAGACUGAAUGUCUGGGAUUUAAGUAAAAUUGGAGAGGAACAAUCCCCAGAAGAUGCAGAAGAUGGGCCACCAGAGUUGUUGUUUAUUCAUGGUGGUCACACUGCCAAGAUAUCUGAUUUCUCCUGGAAUCCCAACGAACCUUGGGUGAUUUGUUCUGUAUCAGAAGAUAAUAUCAUGCAAGUGUGGCAGAUGGUAAGUGUUUGGUCUUUCCUUUGGGAGGGGUUAGAUAAAUGAGACAGAAUCAUUUUA